UCUUUAAAUGAUAAAAAGCAUUGGGCCAAACGGUCUGACAGCUCCGCGCUGCGCAGCACUUCGGCUCACUCGGAAAAGCGAAACUCUUUCCCAAAACUGCUCACGCAUGCUUCGAAACUUCAUUCCUUUCCCAUUGAAACGAAACUAGUCUCUUUCCGCCUGGAGGGGUUCGCACAUUGACGAGAACGAUGGGCUACGGGGACAUCAUGAAGGUUGACACAAGCGGAGCAUCCGUGAAAACGGCGGGUCAAGACAGGCUGACAUACGCCGGCGUGCCAGCAUCCAACACCAUGGCUCAAACGGAUCUCGGCAGAAUGAACAAUUACAAGGCCAUCAUUCAGGAAGUAGGAGGGAAAAAGGACGUUGAUCCUGCUAUCAUCGCUGGCAUCAUUUCCAGAGAGUCCAGAGCUGGAAACGUACUGGUGAAUGGCUGGGGAGACAACGGCAACGCAUGGGGACUCAUGCAGGUUGAUAAAAGGUAUCACACUCCACAAGGCGGCUGGAAUAGCGAGGAACAUCUCAGCCAAGGCACAGACAUCUUGAUCAGUUUCAUCAAGCAGAUUAAGGGAAAGUUCCCGAGCUGGACUGCAGAGCAGCAACUCAAAGGCGGGAUAGCGGCCUACAACAUUGGUGUCAGAGGUGUCCAAACAUAUGAGCGGAUGGACGUAGGCACGACUGGAGACGACUACUCCAGUGACGUAGUCGCCAGAGCUCAGUGGUACAAAAGCCAAGGAGGCUUUUAGCUUGAAAACGAUGCAGUGGAGGAAAAGGCCUCAUCAAGCCUGAAUAAACGCAAGUCGAAGCAG